GCAGUUGUGUUUCAAAUAUUUUUCUUCGGUGUGUUGCAUGAUACAUAUUUCUCGUUUUUCUGUUUACAAUUUUAAAUAAAUUUUAUUGCAUUUUGUUAUAAAAUAAAGCUUAUUUUCUUAUAUUUUAAAUAUUUGCCAGGGUAUUCUUUAUGUGCAAAUGUAUAUAAUGGAACCCAUGUUCAAAUGGUCGUAGGAAUUUUGACGGUCUUUUUGAAUAGCUUCAAGUUUUUAGAAGAAUCCUUUACAAUUAAGGUUUUUGAGAUGACAGGUGUCAUGUUAAAAUAUUCUUCUUAUAGUAUUUGCCAAUUUUAAACUAGAAUAUAUUUGUAGGAUGAAAAAUGGAAGUCCUAUGAAAAGCCAUUUAACUUAAAGAGCUAUCAUGUGGUUUUAGGUUCAAAAAAUUGUCACCCAAGUUUCCAAGUAAGACUCCGUUCUGGUCUUAAUAUAUCUUUUCAGAUAGUUCUUUCCACGGUUUUCAAAUACAGUUAUAGCUUAAGAAAGGAAUAUCGUAAUUCGCUUUAAAAUUUUUAGAAAGUGUCAAAAUUUUGUCACAUCACAAUGAGAAUUGAAAUAGAGCAAUAUUCAAAAGUACCGUGACAAUUAAAUAUUUUUUGGUAUUUUUUUACGGUUUUGGUUCACUUUAUGAAACAAAAUUUUGUCUUUUUUGUAUAUUUGUUUUCGUAACACGUUUAAGAAUAAGUCCUUAAAUAAAUUAAGCAAACUUUCACCUAUUCAUUAUAUAUGUAUAUGAAAACAGUUAAAUUUCAUCCAUCGUAAUGCAUAUGAACAACAACUCUAUACCGCCGAUGAGCGACACCAUUCGGGAUCUUUGUGCGAAAUUACUGAAAGAGCGUCAACGUCAGGAUACGUCGGUGGGACAGAAAAAGAAACGCACCGUACGCAGCACAAUCAUUACGGACGAUGCGCCACCGCUUAUUAUCAAAAGUCUCGUGGACGUACAACCGCCAACACGAAAUGAUACUCAACAUACGAACGGCAGUAGACGCAUGGAGACGUCUUUGGAUCAAAUUAUACAGCAGCUGCAACGCGGCAAAUGGCCGUCGGAUGUGGUGGUGCUUAUCACGCCCGCCAGUAAACACAAUAAUCUCUACAAAUUGCACGUAAUCGAUCGCAACAAUGAGGGACACCUCGGUAUGACCAGUAUUACCAAGCAGGAGUUGGCGGAGUUGAGAGCGAGUAAUGUUUUCGAGAAGUACGCGACAAUUGUGGGUAAUAAAUAUAUCGACUUGAAGACGGUCACAUUGAAUUCGGCCAUUAUAGCGAAUAUUAUAAAGAAUCUGAAUGGUGAUUGUUGUCAGCAACCAAUUUGCGAACUGCCGUUGGCAGUACCACUGUCGCAGCAUGCAACUAAAGAUCUAAUAGCGCGCAAAAGUAGCUCAGAUAUAGAUCUAGAAUUGGAUGAACCAAUGGCGCCUUGCGCUCGUCGUCGCGGCACGCAAUCACGUGACGUUAGCCAAUAUCAUACGGUGAGUGGCGUACGUCUAAUGACACUAAUCGAUCGAAUUAAUGAUGCCAUAGAACCGUCUCAUACGGAUUUACUUAACUUCUUCGAUCUUGCUGAAACAUACAAAUUUAAAAUCUAUAUACGCCCAGAAUUAUGCUGGAAACCACCACCACAAGCAUCGGCGUUACAGAAAGAAAAUGAUACCGAUUUCAUGCGUUUCAACAUCGAGUGUUUCAUGCUAUUCGAUAAUUAUGUUUGCACCAUUGCCAUUAACUCGUUACAGUUACAUCAACAGUUGAAAUUGCAUCAAGCGCUCUUACCGCGUGUGCACGUGAUCGAAGAUGUCUGUGAAAUUACACCACUGCCCAAGUGGUUGGUCACGCUUUUGCGCACAUUGGCGGAAUGGUUUGGGCUUGAGAUGUUUUACGAUGCUUUUGGAGAAUUUGUUUUCGAUUUAUGUAAGCAGGUCACUUGAGGCGAGCGGAGGUUGACGUUGUCUAGAGAUAAUUGUAGAACUAACUACUUGUAUAAAUGCACUAAUAAAAAUAUGAGAAAACCCUAAAAAUGUA